CGUGAGUGUCAUAUUCAGAUUGACAUAACACAUAGGGCCUGUAUGAUGGAUCUUCUCAGCAGGUCCGGGCGUAAAAUCGGAAUUAGUACGUUGUCUUUGAUUUUGCUACGUGCAUUCGCUUUCAUAUUUGAUUCAGGUAGGUUCUCAAUUCGAGUCGUUCCCAUGCCAUCAUGGUGGCUAAACAUCCACGUCCGCGGAGAGACCGACGAUAUGAGCCCCAGAGCCGUCGCCGCAGACGGAUCCUCAGGAGCUAGCCUCAUAUCAUGUGUCCGCGCUCGUCGCGUCAAUGAAAGUGCCUUUCACUUUGCAUCGACCGGAAGUCCAUGGCUUUGACAUAUGUAUUCUGUCAAUGCCAAGUACUACAUCCCAGUGACCGAGCUUUUCUUCGAUGUUCAAUGCAUUGCCAAGAGGACGUCAGUGCGGAACUCUCAAUUUGCGAUUCAAGGAUGGGACGGGCUUCAGGCUCGAGUUCAUACUGCUGAACCCUGUCGACUGAUAUAUAGGGCAUUAAGGCUGCGAUAAUCAUAGCAAGAAUCACUCUCUUGUUCGGGUGGCAGGUGCAAGGGUGCUCAAGCUGCUACGCAAUGGAAGCGAGCGACCCUGGAUCCCUGACUCGGCACUUCAUUGGGCGGUGGCAAC